AUGCCGCCAGACAAUGCACCAUACCACGAGUACAAGAAGGAUUGGCCUCCAGAGCUCAUCAGGCGGCUUAGGGCAACAUAUGUUGGACGUCCCACGACCCCGCACUACGUCUCAGUAUUUAUGCAUGCAAUUUCCGGUCCUGCUACAGAUCCCGAGUUUAUUAUUCUGGGCGUUUUUGCAUCGAACUUCCUUGCCAAUCGAACAGCCAUCGAAUUUUUCAAAAAUGAAUAUUCCGAGUUCUUAAAUCAAGAUUCUGAUAACCCUCUGGCUGACUUCCGCCAGAUUGAACCCCACGACCCUUCUUGCCUUGAAAUGAAUGAGAUAGGAUGGUCUGUCUUUGAUCGUGGCGAGCUGUCAUUUGUGGUUUUUGAUGGUGGCGAUGAAAAUAAACUGAGAGUGUUUGUCAAACUUGCGGUUAUUCAUUCGAGUUAUCAGCAGGAUAUCGCUGAGAGUGGGUAUGAUUUGAGGAUUACUACAUAA